AGUGAGACAGAGGGAGAGAGAGGAGCGUCACAUCAGCAGCAGGAGCAGCAGCAGCAGCAGGCAAAAGACACCACUCAGACAACGACAAAAGCUGUGAAAACGUGACUGAUUUUUGUAAUUACUCGCCUUUUGUUUGAGUUUUUUGUACCGCUCUCGCCGUGCGUAAUUGCGCGUGUGAUAAACGAAGAGGAGCCAUUCUUCUCCACUGCAGCGCGGCGUCAAUUCCAAACCAUUCACGGACAAAAAUACGUGAGGAUUACAAUGAAAUAUGUAGGUGACACGUUUCCUUAUGACCAGCAAGAGUAACACCAGGAUUCAAACCGAGACGACAUCGGGGGGAGUAAGUGUGGACCCAGUUAGCUACUGAGCAAGUUGAAAACAGAAGGUGGAUCUCGUCUGGUCUAAAGCCGUACUUCCUGGAUCUUUUCUGUUGGACUACAAACUGUGGCUUCUCAUAUUCACCCCCUCCCCUUUUUCUAUAAGACUUGAAUCCUUCUGAAACCAUUUUUCUGACCAAAACCAGGUGCCAAACCAACUGUGUCAAAAGCAGAAGCAAAAAAUCUUUUUUAUAAAACCAUCACAACCCAUUUAGCUUUAGUAACUAUUAUAUAUACACAUUACUUCCUAGUUUAACGUAAAACACUCACAUUUAGGGAGCGUAGACGUUUAUAUCCAUUGUCUUGCUAAUCUUGAUGCUAAAAGUGGAGAGACAACCAGUGCAUUAUUGGUUCAAAGUGCUUUAUAGACAUUUCCAGACCUAUAGCCUACCGAGUGUCUAGCUGGCCGCCCUCCUUUGCCGCUGCUAAUGCUAACUGCUAAGGACAAACGCUAAAGCUAAUCGCUAGGCUAACCGCUAACUCUCCAGAUCUCUGCGCUGUGAUAACCUCCUUACACUUCUCCUAUUUUCUCUUCCAGUUGUUUUGUUUCUUCCAUGAAUGUGGCUAACGUUAACGCCACAGCGAACAAGCAGAAUAGCCCCUUUAUCUAACAUCACUGACCUCUUUAAUGUUACUCUUCCUUUGAAUCUAUUACGAACAUGCAAUUUCAACCUAAAUGUAGGCCGAAAUCAUAACCGAAAGCCAUACCUAACACCAGCCAUAUUUUUCACAUUCAAAACCCGCCAAACGAAGUGAUCUUUUAUACAUUGGUGCACUACAUAUUCAGGGAGUCGAUGUAGAUACCAAGAAAGGGACUUUUUGAAAUUUGAAGUUUCAUGUGAACUUAAGGUGGUUGUUGACUUUCUGUACUGUCUUGUAUAGAUUUGCUUUGACGAAUGAAUCCGGAUAUUUUCAUGCGUUCCUUGUGGGUAGAAUCGCGCUGCCCUGCUAGGAUAGGGCCCAAACCUACUUUCGUUUUAUUUUGUUGGGCUAAACUGAACUCAGAGCAAAGACACUCGCGUAAGGGCAUUGAACGCACAUAGAAAGAGAAGCUAGCUGCAAGUUUUCAUAGCUUUUUAGCGUGAUUCGCGACUGCCUUUUUGCGUUGUAAACUCUUAAUAUUUCCACUAUCGCUACUAUCUUUUAUACAAACCAAAACUGCAAGCAUAUUACCUUUAUUAAUUUGUUGGAUUUUAAGCUUGUGCCAAAUUGUAGACGUACUUCCUUAGCUUGUCGUUAGCUUGUUUACUCGACAAAGCUGCCAUUUUGAACCCGCUAGUGCUGUUUACGAUUACCAUUAGCUUACAAUUUAAAAAAAAACAAAUAAAAAAAUAAAAUACCGACAUUAAGACAUUCACUAGAAGUUUACAUUUAAAUGUUUACAGACUGAGACCAUUUAGCAGUUUCACGCAUGAAUCGUAACUCGUGUGCCAUAGAAAACUCUGAAAAACCUCUUUGUAGAGAAUAGGAGGCGUUUACACAUAACUAACUUCAUCUGUUUACACUAGAUCCAAUUAUUCACUGCCGGAGGUGAUGACGACUUUGGCCAGUAGAGUGACAGUUGAACCGUGCCAAAACCAAUCAUAAAAUAUUAUAAAGGAAAACAUACGCUGCCACACUCAAAACCCUUUAUUUUCAAACAGGCAUUUUUCCUAGGGCCUAAAUAACACAACCUCACUGUUUCUUAAGCUGCUAACGCAAAGGAGAGAGUUUACAGACGAUUUGAGAAGCCACACUGAAAAAAACCCAUUGCCUGAACCCUUUGCACCCUUCGUAUUGUGAAGAUUUUAUUCACUGACUGGAGUUUUCAUAAAGAGAUAUUUUUACGACUUGGAUAAAGACUCUUGUUUGUGAAAGAAGAUGGAGGACAAAUUAGGGAUGCUCUGCUUGUCCCUCUUCAUCUCGUCCUGCCUGGCAGUCUCCACGGUAACCCUCUCCACGGAGCGCCGCAACGCUGAGACUCAAAAGGGCGCCUCGAACCCUAAACUGAGCUCUACGCUGUACCUGCUGACCGGUCAAAAGCCCCCCCUCCUACCCCCGCCCGCCGGGCCAAAGGUCGCCCCUAAAAAGGCAGAGGUGGAGGACGGAGAUGAACCAGUCGUGGCAGAGCUACCCCCGAAGCCCCUCCCACAGACCAUGCUCCCCAGGAACAUGACCGCCGCUGAUGCCCUCAAGCCGCCACUAGGGGCCGCUCAAGUCGCCCCACCUCCAAGACAGCUGGUGGACGUGGAUGUGUGCACGGGGUAUUUUGACGUGAUGGGGCACUUCGACAGCACCUUUAACUGCUCCAGGGGCAGUUACAUUUACUGCUGUGGCACGUGCCACUACCGCUUCUGCUGCGAGCACCAGAGGGACCGCCUGGACCAGGACUCCUGCAACAACUACAACUCCCCCGUGUGGAUCGAACAGCAAGGUGCAGCCACACAACCCGCCGGCCAGAGCCCCGACCCGGACUUUGAGACGCUCCAACAACAGAGCUCCAGUACGGCGUAUGUGAUCGGAGGAGUGAUCUCGUUCACUCUGGUGGUGGCUGUGGGAGUUAGGAUCGCCUUCAGUAAAGUCGCCCGAAGACCCAGAAACAGGGACAUCAACAUGCCCAGGUCCCUGGUGGACAUCUUGCGCCACCAGUCAAGCCCGGUGCAGCAGGGAGACAGGAACAACACCACCAUCUUGGGGAGCACCGCUUCAGAUGGUCGCACCUCCAAAAACAUCUACACCCCCGUGCUACAGAGCAAGGACAACCGCACUGGGACUUUGCCUCACCCUUUUAACCAGCAGGGGGCGUCCUCCAGCCCCAAACACACAGCCACCAUCGAGCGUGGCCCGCGGAUGAACAACACCCCGCAGCUCCCAUCCGUUCCGGGCAUGUUGUCGGGCAGCACGAAGGGUCCCGGCUCCAGCGGCAUUAUGGGAACAGGAAGUAUGCGACACAACACCGGCCACCCCUCCUUCUCUCACUCGUUCCACAACCUGGCCCAACUGCCACCGUCGUACGAGGCCGCGAUGAAGCCUGAGCUCAGCCGCUACAGCUCCCUCAAGAGGCUGGAGAAAGAGUUCGAUGAGUAUUCUGGGUACUACAGCAAACGGCGCCAGAACAAUGCCCCUCCAUCGUUCCACUCAUCGCAGCACCACCUGCCCUGGGGCGGAGAAUACACCCUGGGCUCCCGGGGCACUCUGCCUCUGCACGGCUCCAGACCGCGCCUCCACAUCCCGACCUCCACCCCAAACCCCUACCCCCUCCCUGCCCAACCCCAGUACACCAGCUCCACCUUCGACCGGCCGCCUCGCCGCGUGCGCUCCCAGGAUCAGCUACUUGCUCUGGGGGAAGGCAACACGCUGUCCCGCCUGUCCAAGAACCAACAGCACCAGUACUACAAAGCCAUGAUGAGUACCAGCCGCAGCUCCAACUCGCAGACGCUCCGCAGGUCCCAUGAGAGGCUGCUGGUGUCCCCAGACUGCCUGGAGGACCGCCUCAUGUCCAUGGGGGUGAUGGGGGCGGAACGCUCGGGGAUGGUGCCCACUAUGGGCCGUUUGUCCCACCAUCAGAAGACCCAGUCUCAGCAGAACAUCUGCGUCACUCCCUCCUUGGACCGGCACCACAUGAUCAAGAUGAACUCCCAUCCCACAUCGGGUCACGAGCACGAGCGCGGCUCCAGCGCGCCUUCGCACUGGGACCCCUAUGGGGGCACAGGGGGGCACCCCAACGCCCGCCGCAUGGCCUUCGCCAGCAAGAGGCAGAACACCAUCGAGCAGCUGCACUUCAUCCCGGGGGGAGGAGGGGGGCAGGGGCUCCGGACUGGCAGUAAGAACGAGGUCACUGUGUGAGCCCGAGGCAUCAUGGGAAAUGUAGGCAGUGAACAAAAGGGUCUCACAGUGCGGCGCUGCCCCUCAGAGCUGCUCACAGACCCCUCCCCUAAACAAACGUGGUGAUCCUCCUUUAGUCCUUAUAAAGCUUUGUCACUCUGUACAUGGGAAACAGAAUAUGAGCCAUUCUUUGUAAAGGGAAGACAGAAAUGUCCAUUUAAAAAAGCAAAAAACAGCGGCUGUGUCUGCUGGUUUCCGCUCUCACUUUAGUGAGCGGCUGUGUCUUCUGGUCUCCGCUCUCACUUUAGUGUUGGAACCUGCUUUGUGGGAUUUGUUUUGGGUUUGUUCCUGUCCUCUGUCCUCAGAGCUCGGAGGAGCACUGAGGCAGAUGACACUUUUCUUUCACAAAAAGUAUUUCAAAUGAAGCUUUUCUAUGAAAUGAAUCUAUGAAUAAUGUCCCUCACUGAGCCCUGUACAACUGUGUAUACUCGUUUGUAUUUAGCAGCUAGUUUGAUCGGUCCAUUUGGACUAUCACAAAGACGACCCACUCUCUGCAAAAACAUGUUGAAAUGCCUUCCGGGCGUGAUUUAGAUCAGAACAAACUGCUGCCAUGGCGAUGUGGAAGCCUUUGUACAGUGGUGUAUAUCUUUAUAACAUUGUGCUGUGUGACCCUUUGCAUAAGUUCUCUCUGAUGUAGAAGAAUCACCUCACGACUCACGGCUCCACGCCCAGGACUUUACACUGGUCCAGAGAUUCUAU